UUGAUUUUUCACUAUAAAUACAAGACAAGGAACUCUCCGGAGAGCAAAAACAAAAGUGAUCUCUCUCUUGUUUGCUGGUAUCUUUUUCUGUUAAACGAUGAGCUCCGACGGCGCAAAUGAGAACUGCGUUGGAUAUGCUGCAAGGGAUCCAUCUGGAGUUCUAUCCCAUUACAAAUUCAACCGCAGGGCUCUUGGGGCUGACGAUGUUUCCAUAAGAAUUACUCACUGCGGAGUUUGUUAUGCUGAUGUGAUUUGGUCAAGAAAUAAACAUGGAGAUUCGAAGUAUCCUUUGGUUCCUGGACAUGAGAUUGCCGGUGUUGUAAAAGAGGUUGGUUCAAAUUGUCAUCGCUUCAAAGUUGGCGACCAUGUUGGAGUGGGAACUUAUGUCAACUCAUGCCGUGAUUGUGAGUAUUGUAAUGAGGGACUUGAAGUCGACUGCGUAAAGGGUUCAGUUUACACUUUCAAUGCUGUUGAUGCGGAUGGUACAAUUACAAAAGGAGGAUACUCCAGUCACAUAGUUGUCCAUGAAAGAUACUGCUUCAAGAUACCUGACAACUAUCCCUUGGCUUCAGCAGCACCUUUGCUUUGUGCUGGAAUUACUGUUUAUGCUCCUAUGAAGCGCCAUAAGAUGAACCAACCUGGUAAAUCUCUAGGAGUGAUUGGUCUUGGUGGUCUUGGUCACAUGGCAGUGAAGUUUGGCAAGGCAUUUGGUUUAAAUGUAACAGUUUUUAGCACAAGCAUAUCCAAGAAAGAGGAAGCUCUAAGCCAACUUGGUGCUGAUAAAUUUGUCGUUUCAUCCGACCAAAAGCAGAUGGCGUCACUGGUGAAGUCAUUUGACUUCCUAAUUGAUACAGCAUCUGGUGAUCACCCAUUUGAUCCAUAUAUGGCAUUGUUGAAGACGGGCGGAACUCUGGCCUUGGUGGGAUUCCCAAGUGAAGUUAAAUUCAGUCCUGCAAGCCUUAAUCUGGGGAUGAAAUCCAUUUCUGGCAGUGUAACAGGCGGAACAAAGGACACGCAAGAAAUGAUUGAUUUCUGUGCGGCUCAGGGAAUUCACCCAAUGAUUGAAAUAAUUCCAAUUCAAUAUGCAACUGAAGCGCUCGAGAGGCUAGUGAAGAAAGAGGUGAAGUACCGGUUUGUGAUCGAUAUUGAAAGCUCCCUGAUGGAUACAUAGUAAAUAACAUUACCCGGGCAAUGGCAUGCAUAUCUAGUAGUGUUCUAAAAGUUCCCGCCUAGCCUAGCGCCUAGGCAAUUCCAUAAAGUGGUGUGCAUUUACCUCUGUUGAAUUGCGUCUUGGAUUUUCAGCUGCAUGAUGUGUAAAGCAACUAGAAUUGCAUGAAUAAAGAUGUAUUUUAUCUGGCAUUUA